AUGAAUCGACGCAUACUGAAAGCGAAUUCGAUCACAACUUAUGAUACUGCUACCUUAUGGCGUGCACUCGAAGCAUCAUCUGCUAAUCAUCAAAAUCAUACCGUGCAUAAAGAAAGUGCACGUCGUUGGCAACGUGCAGCAACUCGUCUUUUAAGACAAAAUACAGUAACUUCGAUAUCAUCUCAGAAUGAUAAUUUAUCAAGAUCAUCUUCUGGAAUAGGAUUCGCAGGAGGUGGUGGAGUCGGAGGAAAUGGACUGUAUAAUUCGGAUGCUAGUGAUUUAAAUGAACGACCAGAAAGUAAUUUAGCAUUCGUUCGUCGUAAAUGUGACGAAUGGUUACUGAAAGGCAUACCAAAACUAGCUCAAUUACAAAAUUAUCAAUUCCAGAUCGACGAAUGUGAUUUAAAAAUCGAAAAAGAAUGGCAACCAUUCUUAAAUGAACAAGCACGAUCACUCAUGUCAGAAUCGAUCAAAUUACAACAAGAAGCUAUCUAUGAAAUGCUUUCAACUGAAGUAUCCUACAUACGUCAGAUUUUAACAAUGACUGAUAUAUUCAUGACAAGUGUCAUGAUAUUAAAAUCAUCUCAACGUGAUGGUCUCUUGAAUGAUAUUGAAAUGGAAAAAUUAUUUUCGAAUAUAAAAGAUGUAUUGAAUGCAAAUUUAUCAUUUUGGAAAGAAAUUUUAUUGCCCAUUAAAAUCAAACUCGAACAAACUGGCUGUGCAAUGAGUCCGUCGGACCUUAAACUUGGCUUUCUCAAGUUUGAUAUUUAUUUUAAAUCAUAUUUACGUUAUGUUCUCGAUCAAAAAGCAAGUGCAGAAUAUUUUAAACAGAAAUUAGCAAAAGACGAUCUAUUUCAAUAUUUAAUUGCUUGGAUAGAAGCUAAUUUUACUAAUCGCUUAUCAUUUCCCGAUCUAACUAUCAAACCGUUACAAAGACUUACACAAUAUAAAUUAUUGCUCGAAGCUAUACAGAAACGAACGCAAGAUAAUCAACAACGAAAUGAUCUACAAGAAAUGAUUCAAAAAGUGGCCUCGUUUGUCAAUCGAGUCAAUUCAAAGUUACAUAGUCAAGAACAAGAAGAACGUGUACGUCAGAUAAGUGAUCGCAUCGGUCCAUUUGAAUGCGUUUCAGCACCGCCUGAAAUCACUUCAAUACUUCAAGAAUGUUAUCGAGAUUCAUUUUCUCACCGAUUGGAUCUUCUUCGUGAUAUGCCAUUAUUCGUGCGAGGCUAUCGUCGUCAGAUUGUUCAACAAGGACCGAUGAAAAUGAAAGAUGCAAAAAAUAGUCAAGAUGUUUACUGUUAUUUAUUCACUGACAUGUUUCUAAUAACAAAAGGCGGUAAACGAAGUGGUGCAACAAAUCUAGCAUCGUCAACGCCAUCCUCACUAACAUCUAUAAGUAAUGAUGGGCAAUUUAAUCGUGGUGCGCCAACUACAAUAAAUAAAAUUCUCAAGCCACCAAUACGUAUUGAUCGAAUGGACGUUCGCGAAUAUGAUCGACGUGGCAGUAGUAGUAAUGAACCGAAUACUGCUUCAUUUGUAGCAUUAGUUUUUUCGGAAUAUAAUAUAGUUGAGUGUGGUUAUUUAUUUCAAACAAAUUUAAGUAAACAAUGGAUUGAAAAUAUUCGUGCAACAAAAGCAAAUUUUCAAUUGUUAAUGGAAGAAUCAAAAAUGAAAUUACAAAAUGCACAUAAUAAUCAUUCAGCAGCACAUUCUACUUCAGCAGUAGCAGCAGCAACGGCAACUGCAACAACGACAACAACAACAACAACAACAACAACGUCAACAUCGACACUCGCAACAACUGCGAAUUCAACAUUAUCUGCCAUACAUCAAUCACUUCCUAGUCUAUCAUCAACAUCUGAAACAUCACUUGAUUUACCUGCGCUUAAAAUAGGCGGUUCAUCGAUUGAUAGUUCAUCAACAGAUGAACCGAUUAUUAAUGAUUCAACAGAAAAUAUUCGGCGUUCAUCAAAAAUUGAAUCUGAUGUAUUUAAAACUGUUGAACAACAAGCUCGAAGAAAUUCUCGUACCGAUCAUAAAAAUUACGGUCGAUAUUUUACUGCCGAUUGUACGGGUACACAUGAGACGAAUCCAUCAACAUCAUCAUCGUUAGUUAAUCCAUCGUCAAUUAAAUCAACGCCAUCGACAGCCAUUAUUAAACGUAUGUCAUGGAAUAAUGAACCAACGAAUACAAAUAAUUCAACAACAAUACCAACGAAUGAAUUAAGCAAUACAAAUUCAUUUCGUAGUGUACAUAGUUCAAGUGGUGUCAGUUCGACAGGUUCAUUUUUAUUUAGUGCCGAUGAAGAAUCAUCAAUAACAGCGGCAACAUCAUCGUCAAUACCACUAAUUGGAUCUUCAACAAAAGCUAAAAUUGAAGAUCUAACCGAUGAGCAUGAUGAAUUUGAUGGUAAAAGCUCGUCGUCAACUGUUGUCGGUACAGAUGAUCACGAGCAUUUAUCUAAUUCUUCAGCAUCACAUGAACAAAAUACAUCUUCACUUGUAAAUUUAAAUAAUGUAAUGCGUAGUGAUAUGAGCGAUAAUAAUAAUAAUAAUAAUAAUAAUAAUAAUAAUAAUAGUCAACAACUAGCCAAUAGACUAUCAACGUCAAGUACAAAUACAUUGACGUCAACAGCUAAUCCAUCUAUAAAUGAAGUUCCUCCAUUGAUUAAUAGUCUUACAUCAUCACCUGAAACAUCAUUACGUCGAACACCCUAUGCAAGUGUAAAAAAACGCAAUCAAAAUCAUCCUCAUCAUCGUUCUGGCUUUGUGCAACAACAGAAUCCUUUUCGUAGACAUCGAAUCUUUGAUGAAAAUGAUCUACGUUCUUCAACACAUACUGUUGUCUAUGAUUCAUCAAAAGCAAUCAAUACAUCAACAACUAUUCCAAUUCGACGAGCUUUUGUACCAUCCGAUGAUAGUGCUUUGACGGUAUCAUCAUUUGGUGGUAGUGGAAACGAAAGUGAUUAUGAUAAUCAUCAUUCAAAUUUAGAAUGUUCGAAAGUUACAAGAUAUUUAACAACAUCAACACGAUUUUUUAAAAUACCGGUGAAUAAUUUCAAUCUAUUUGAUGAAUUAACCCGAACAGAUGAUCUUAUAUUGGGUGAUCAAAAUGAAAUUGUUCUUCAUAAUGAUUCAAAUAUUCAUACAAUGACUAAUAAUGAUACUGUCGAGGAUGAUGUGGACGACGACGACGACGAUGAACAGAACGAUGACAACAACGACGACGACAACAGCCACGAUGCUGAUAACACAGACCUUACAGAAGCACGAGUUGAACUAUCUGAUGACCAUGACAAUGAUGAUGAUGAUGAUGAUGAUAUAGAUGGUGAUGAAAAAACUAUUCAAUCAACAAUUAUCAAUAAUAAUCAAUCGUCAGAUAGUAACAUAAUAUUGCCGCUUAAUUCUCGGCAGCCAGCGUCAACUCAUCGAGCUACUACCCUAACUAUGAUGAAACCAACAAAGACAACGACAUUAGAUGAUAGUGCACCAUCGAAAUAUGCUGGAUAUCCUAAAGAUCCAUUAGCAGCCAGAAAAUUACUUGAUAUUCGAAGUCACCUAUUAUUGAAUACCACACUCGAUGCAACAGAAGUGUAA